UCUAUAGCAGCCAAUUUGGAGAAGAACUACAUCCACUGAUUUAAUAUAUAAUCUUUGAAAACAAAUAACAACUCAUAUUUCAUCUUCCUAGAGCAAAAUCAUCUCCAAUCCAAACAACUUUGAUUCAUUUCUGUUCUCACAUCUGAAAAUGGCUGAUGCUUUACUUGGAAUCUUGAUUCAAAACCUCGGAUCAUUUGUACAAGAGGAGUUUGCUACCUAUUUGGGUGUUGGAGAAUUGACCCAAAGCCUAUCUAGAAAGCUCACUUUAAUCCGUGCUGUCCUAAAAGAUGCAGAAAAGAAGCAAAUAACAAACGAUGCUGUCAAAGAGUGGCUACAGCAACUGAUUGAUGCUGCUUAUGUGAUUGAUGAUAUAUUGGAUGAAUGUUCAAUAACCUUAAGAGCACAUGGCGACAACAAGCGGAUCACUCGUUUCCAUCCUAUGAAGAUUUUGGCUCGUCGCAACAUUGGAAAGAGGAUGAAGGAGGUUGCUAAAAAGAUCGAUGAUAUUGCUGAAGAAAGGAUGAAGUUCGGAUUACAACAAUUUGCAGUCACGGAGGAGCGCCAACGACGAGAUGAUGAAUGGCGCCAAACUACUUCUGCUGUCACCGAACCGAAAGUAUAUGGAAGAGACAAAGAUAAAGAACAGAUUGUAGAGUUUCUGCUAAGGCACGCCAGUGAGAGUGAAGAACUCUCUGUCUAUUCCAUUGUUGGCCACGGUGGAUAUGGAAAAACAACACUUGCUCAAAUGGUCUUCAAUGAUGAAAGUGUAAAGACACAUUUUGACUUGAAAAUAUGGGUGUGUGUUUCUGAUGAUUUCAGUAUGAUGAAGGUUUUAGAGUCCAUCAUAGAAGACACCAUUGGAAAAAAUCCAAAUCUCUCCUCUUUAGAGUCAAUGCGAAAAAAGGUUCAAGAAAUUUUGCAAAACAAAAGGUAUUUGCUUGUUCUUGAUGAUGUGUGGAGUGAAGACCAAGAGAAAUGGAAUAAGUUCAAGUCUUCGUUGCAACAUGGAAAGAAAGGUGCAUCAAUUUUGGUCACUACCAGACUUGACAUUGUUGCAUCCAUCAUGGGAACUUCUGAUGCUCAUCAUUUAGCAAGCUUAUCUGAUGAUGACAUCUGGUCUUUGUUCAAACAACAAGCUUUUGUAGCAAAUAGAGAAGAGCGUGCAGAGCUUGUGGCAAUAGGCAAAAAGUUAGUGAGAAAAUGUGUGGGUUCACCUCUUGCUGCUAAAGUAUUAGGAAGCAGUUUGUGCUUUACAAGUGACGAACAUCAAUGGAUUUCUGUACUAGAAAGUGAGUUUUGGAGUUUACCUGAGGUUGAUCCUAUCAUGUCUGCUUUGAGACUAAGCUAUUUUAACUUGAAAUUGUCAUUGAGGCCAUGUUUUACUUUCUGUGCUGUUUUUCCCAAAGAUUAUGAAAUGGUGAAGGAAAAUCUCAUUCAACUUUGGAUGGCUAAUGGACUUGUUACAUCUAGAGGAAACUUACAGAUGGAGCAUGUUGGUAAUGAGGUAUGGAAUGAAUUAUACCAAAGGUCAUUAUUUGAAGAAGUUAAAUCAGAUUUUGUAGGUAACAUUACUUUCAAAAUGCAUGAUUUUGUCCAUGAUUUAGCAGUGUCUAUUAUGGGAGAUGAAUGUAUUUCUUCAGAUGCUUCAAAUUUAACAAAUUUGUCAAUUAGAGUUCACCAUAUAAGUCUCUUUGAUAAAAAAUUCAGAUAUGACUACAUGAUUCCCUUCCAAAAAUUUGAUUCCUUGCGAACCUUUCUUGAGUAUAAACCACCCUCAAAGAAUCUAGAUGUGUUUCUAUCAACCACUUCGCUUCGAGCUUUACAUACAAAGUCUCAUCGACUCUCAUCAUCAAAUUUAAUGCAUUUGAGGUACUUGGAACUUUCAUCUUGUGACUUCAUUACCUUGCCUGGUUCUGUUUGCAGACUACAGAAAUUGCAAACACUAAAACUUGAAAAAUGUCAUCAUCUAUCUGAUUUUCCCAAACAAUUUACAAAAUUGAAGGACCUUCGACAUCUCAUGAUUAAAAAUUGCAGUUCAUUGAAAUCAACUCCUUUUAAAAUUGGGGAGUUAACUUGUCUGAAAACAUUGACCAUUUUCAUUGUUGGUUCAAAAACUGGGUUUGGUUUAGCAGAGCUACACAACUUACAAUUAGGAGGAAAGCUACACAUUAAAGGCCUUCAGAAAGUGUCGAUUGAAGAGGAUGCAAGAAAAGCUAAUUUGAUUGGCAAGAAGGACUUAAAUCGCUUAUAUUUGUCAUGGGGUGAUUAUACUAAUUCACAAGUUAGUAGUAUUCAUGCUGAGCAAGUAAUAGAAACUCUUGAGCCUCAUUCAGGUCUAAAGAGUUUUGGGUUGCAGGGUUAUAUGGGAGCACAUUUUCCUCAUUGGAUGAGAAAUACUUCUAUUCUAAAAGGUCUAGUUAGUAUUAUUCUCUAUGACUGUAAAAACUGCAGGCAGAUUCCUCCAUUUGGUAAAUUACCAUGCUUAACUUUCCUUUCUGUAUCUAGAAUGAGAGAUUUAAAGUACAUUGAUGAUAGUUUGUAUGAACCUACGACUGAGAAGGCUUUUACGUCACUGAAAAAAUUUACUUUGGCUGACUUACCAAAUUUAGAGAGGGUGUUGAAAGUCGAAGGAGUAGAGAUGCUACAACAGCUUUUGAAGUUAGCUAUAACAGAUGUCCCUAAACUUGCAUUGCAGUCCCUUCCAUCUAUGGAGUCACUUUAUGCUAGUCGAGGAAAUGAAGAAUUAUUGAAGUCCAUUUUUUACAACAAUUGCAAUGAAGAUGUAGCUUCACGGGGAAUUGCUGGUAACAAUCUUAAGUCACUUUGGAUAUCAGGCUUUAAAGAACUCAAGGAAUUACCUGUUGAACUCAGUACUCUUAGUGCAUUAGAAUUUCUUAGAAUUGAUUUAUGUGAUGAAUUGGAGUCAUUUUCAGAGCACUUGUUGCAAGGUUUGAGUUCUCUUCGAAAUUUGUAUGUUUCUAGCUGCAAUAAAUUCAAAUCCCUGUCUGAGGGUAUCAAACACCUAACUUGUCUCGAGACUCUUAAAAUCCUUUUCUGUAAACAAAUUGUUUUUCCACAUAACAUGAACAGUCUAACUUCCCUCCGUGAACUGCGACUCUCGGAUUGUAAUGAAAACAUACUAGAUGGCAUAGAAGGCAUCCCCUCACUGAAAAGAUUGUGUCUGUUUGAUUUUCAUUCACGAACAUCCUUGCCAGACUGUUUGGGUGCCAUGACUUCUCUUCAAGUAUUAGAAAUCAGUCCACUAUUUAGCUCCUCUUCAAAGUUAAGUUCACUGCCAGACAACUUUCAGCAACUCCAAAACUUGCAAAAGUUAAGAAUUUGUGGUUGCCCUAAGUUGGAGAAGAGAUGCAAGAGAGGUAUAGGUGAAGAUUGGCAUAAGAUAGCUCACAUUCCUGAAGUUGAAUUGAAUUACAAAUUGCAAUCUGAUGCAGAACCAACAAUUAGUGAGGAUAAAAAGCCAGCAUCGACGCAAUAUUCGGAUAUUAUGUUUGACUUCGUCGUGAAACAAGAUUUUGACAACAUAAUUGAAGAUAUAGAUGUGUAACGCUCAGAUGUGCGCUGUUGUCUUCAAUUUUACUGUUUAUAUAUAUUUAUUUACUAGUGUAUUUAUCCCGCAUCGUGGGUUACACAUAUAAUUAAGGAUGAUCUAAAUUAUGUAUGCACGGUAUCCAGAAAUAAUAUUUAUCAUGAUUAGUACAUGACAACUAUCUUAACAGAUACACGAAUAGAAUAAAAUGAACCAUAUUUUAA